AUGCGUUACAACCGCAAGCGUUACAACCGCAUGCAUAACAGCCGCAAGCGCUACAACCGCAAGCAUUACAACCGCAUGCGUUACAACCGCAUGCGUUACAACCGCAAGCGUUACAACCGCCAGCUUUUUGCGACAUCAUUCUCAAGUGCUGAACAGAAGGAAGAUGAGUUCAACAACGGCAAGUUGACGUCAGGUCAAGUGUUCGGGGACAACAAAUAUCAUCACAUUUUGGUUGAACCAAAAAGCGGCGAGAAAAAAACCGCGGGCUUGUCGGCCGACAGACGAGGAGGCAACCAUCGCUUUGCUGACCGCGAUGAACUUACCAAGAACCAGUACGCCUGGUUCACGUCUUCGCGUGGAAGCGGCUGUUAUCGGUUGGUGCGACCGCGCAUGCGCAUCGCGCGGCAGUUCAUCCAAGCGACGGUGGUGACGCCGGACAGGGCGGAGUGCGAGUACGAGUGUGCUAAGGCUAAGGAGUUCACAUGUCGGGGCUUCAAUUUCAGGUGUGCGUUCACAUGUCGGGGCUUCAACUUCAGGUACAGGACCCGGGACAACCGCAGCACCGCCCCCAACUGCGAGCUGAGCCUCCAGGACACGUACGGCGCCGACCUGGAUGACGAAAGGGUCUUUCAUGUGGACCACGACUUCGACUUCUACGAGAGAACAAAGCUGGGCAGAGAUUGCGAGGGAAGCUUGUUUGGAUUGGGUAACAGUCCUGGAGGCCAAGAGACUUUCAAAAGACCAGGAAAUCCUUCUGCAACCAGUGGAAGGCUUCCUUUCGGCUUUGGUGCAAGUAGUGGAACUGGCGACAGAUUUGGCACAAGUGUAGUAUCCGGAGGAGAUUCCAGACUUGGCGAUCGCUUGAGGCCAGGCAGUGGCGGCUUUUCGUCAGGGUUCGGCUUGGGAGGUCUGGGCAGCAGCGGCACGAGCAACACAUUACCUACGCAGUCUUUCGGCCUCUUCAGGGAAGACUGUUAUCGCCUGGCACGAGCCAACACGAGGCUGGGCCUGCGUGUGGUCAGGGACCAACUACGCGCCACAGACGUCAACGACUGCAAGCUGCGAUGUCACCAAAGCCGACACUUCAUGUGCCGCUCCUUUGCAUUCAACUACCGGAGCGCUGCACGACGCGAGGAAAACUGCUUCCUGAGCGCCAGGGAGGUGACGCAGAUCAGCGCCUUCGACCUCCCCAUCGACUCGGGCUACGACGUCUUCCAGCGCAGGAUCUACGACAGAGAAUGCGAUGGCGGAUUCAGUGACUCGGCGUUCUUGACGUCUGAGGGUGGCACUGAGACGGUGUCGGGGCUGCGUUGCUACGGUCGCAAUCGCUGCACGGAAGACAAGCUUGGGGGCUACUGGUACUGUGAGACCAACGCCGUAGGGGCCUGGGACUACUGCUGCAGGCCUGACCAGGUCUGCAGUGCAGGGGACAACGAGGCCUUCAAGUGGUGCUACGUUGGUUCGGUCGGUGUAGAACAAUGGCGUCCGUGCACUGGCAGCAGCUUCCGGAGAGAUUUCCUUCACGAAUCUCCUUCGAAUACGACUCUUAUAGAAUUAUUGGACUCCCAGGGUGAUUUCAACGACUCUAACCAUACUGUCAAGGACUCAGAUCGACUCGCCCACGGCAAAGACUCGGACCAGUUUGAAGUAGAACGGCCCAGGUCACCGGACCCAGCCAAAUUCCAGGGCGACUCUCUGCUGCCCAAUUCCUUCCAGCCACUAAAAGCCGUUAAUUUUUCAUUGGAUAAAAGCAAACUUUACGUUGAAGGCGAGGAACUGCACUUGACAGAUGAGGAAAAACGGGGUGCUUUUUCUGAUGGAGGCCAAGGCGAUCAAGAGGGACGGUCGGAAGCUGCAAUCGAGUUGCACGAUUUGCCAAAUUUAGGAUAAAAUAAGCAUGACGUGAACAAGAUUCAUCAUAGUACAUUUGAUAUUUCAGCUUUAGCAAUCGGGAAUUUUUCUGCUCUGAAAGUGAAGAAAUUUAAAUUUAAAAGGCGAUAAUAACUAGGCUGGGAGCUUUACUGAUGGAGUUGAAAUAUAUCCAUUACGUGAGUAUAGUAGCGAGUCAAAUUGAAAUAUAAUGUUAUUCUGACAUUUUAAGAAUCAUCGUUAGUAUACUGAUUGCGAAAAUUUUUUUUACAGUGUUUAAGGCACACGCCAGUGAGAGAACUUUACAAUUAUUAUUGGUUUUACUGCGUAACGUUAGUUUGGUCAUUUAAUAUUUGAUACACGAAUAUUCUUAUAAUAUCAUCAUGGAAAACGAAUAUUUGAUAAACGAAUAUCGCAAUCACUGUAUCUCUUUUUAGAAGUUUGUUUUGUGUAACUUUUUACUUGAAAAUUAAUUGCGACUUGUAGUUUAUAUUAAUGGGCAUUACAAAAUCAAUGCAGAAGUGGAGCCAAAAAACGUUCCUGUCUUUAUUGGAUAGGUACUAAAACUUCCUUGUAGGAGAAUUUAUUUAGGCAGAAAUUAAUGAAACUUCAUAGUGUUUUAAAAGUGAUAUUUAAAAUUUUACAAAUAAAAAUUAGUGUGAAGCUGUUUUGGUUUUUUGAACGCAGGAGCUGUUAGUUAUAUUCAAUGUAUUUUGAUUAAGAAGUUCGAGGUGCCGAGUUAAUGCAUCAUUUCAUGCCAAAGAUAAUCGUAGGCCAAUUAUAAAUGAGUUGAUUUUAUCACACAAAGUUAAAUAAGCCUGAUAUGAUAUUGAAGCUUUUGAUUUACUUAACCUAACCUUUCACAUGGUCAAAUGUUAUCUUCAUUGUUUUACCUUGGUGGAAUAGAAGUAUCUGGAAUAUGAAAGUAUCGAUAGAAACAAUUAAUAUUUUUAAUGAGGUGCAAAUAGUUUUAUAUUUUUUCCAAAUUUCGUAAGGUAUCGAAAUAGUUGAGCUCAGAUCUUUGAUCCAUCUACUACAAGACUACUGAAAAAACAAACUUUGCGUGUACUUAAGAUUUUCGCAACUUACAUUUGUCUAAAUAUUUUCUAAGAUAAAUGUAACUCUGCAAAAA